AUGAGGUACAUUCACUCCCAGGAGAUUCUGGAAAUUCCAGAGGGCGUCAAGGUCAGCAUCAAGACCCGUAUCGUCACUGUCGAGGGUCCCCGAGGCAAGCUCACCAAGAACCUCGGUCACUUGGCUGUCAACUUCGGUCACCCCAAGAAGAACACCAUCUCCAUCGAGAUCCACCACGGCAACCGUAAAAAUGUUGCCACCCUCCGCACCGUCCGCUCCAUCAUCGAGAACCUGAUCACCGGUGUCACCAAGGGCUUCAAGUACAAGAUGCGAUACGUCUAUGCCCAUUUCCCCAUCAACGUCAACCUGGACAAGAACAAGGAGUCUGGUCUGUUCGAGGUCGAGAUCCGAAACUUCAUUGGCGAGAAGAUUGUCCGACGAGUUACCAUGCACGAGGGUGUCGAUGUCGAGGUCUCCAAGGCCCAGAAGGAUGAGCUCAUCCUGACCGGCAACUCACUCGAGAACGUCUCCCAGAGCGCCGCAGAUAUCCAGCAGAUCUGCCGGGUGCGCAACAAGGAUAUCAGAAAGUUCUUGGACGGUCUGUACGUCUCCGAGAAGGGCAACGUCGUGGAGGAGAACUAA